GCCACUUUGAUGACACCGAUGUUCUUCACAUCACAUCACACUCGGAUAUAUAACCAAAAUCUAUCUAUAAUAUAACUGCCACAUUCUUCUAACAUAAAAAACAAACAUAUUGCUUAAUUUACUGUUUCGAUUUUUAUGUGAUAUAUAUUAAUCGAAUUGAAUAAGAAUAUAUAAAAAUUAAAGAAAGAAAGGAAUGGUGGCUUUUCCGGUACUUCCAGUAGGAUACAGGUUUCGGCCGACAGAUGAAGAACUGAUCCAUCAUUACUUGCGUUUAAAGAUCAAUGGUCGUCAUGCUGACGUUAGCUGUAUUCGCGAACUUGAUGUCUGUAAAAACGAGCCUUGGGACCUACCCGAUUUGUCAGUGGUUAAAUCGAUUGAUAAUGAGUGGUUCUAUUUUUGCCCAAAGGAUCGUAAGUAUCAAAAUGGGGAUCGAUUGAAUCGGGCAACUGUGGCUGGGUAUUGGAAGGCCACAGGGAAAGAUAGGACGAUUAAAACUAGUAAGGGUGGUCGUGUGAUUGGGAGGAAAAAGACACUUGUGUUCUAUAUUGGGCGGGCUCCAAAAGGGGAGAGAACUCAUUGGGUGAUCCAUGAGUAUUGUGCAACAGAAAAGGAACUCGAUGGUACCCAUCCUGGACAGAGCCCAUUUGUAAUUUGUCGUUUAUUCAAGAAGCAUGAUGGUAAGGACGAGAAUGUUGAGAGUUCAAACGCAAUUGAAGUGGAUCAGAGUGCCGCCUCUCCUCUUUCCGUUGUGAAGUCUUCUACAGAGGAUCCUCCAUCAAAUCCUCUUACUCCAUCGUUGACCAUGCAACCCUCGAACAUCGAUAGUUGCACAAUUGGUGUUGACCCGAUGGGUUUUCAUGAUUUUGACCAAUCAGAAUCUUUUAAUUCGCAGCUACAAGGUCUUGGUGAUCCUAUGCAAUACAAUUUUGAUUCCAAAAUAUUCUCACCCCUACAUUCUCAAAUGCAUUCACAAAUGCAAUUAGAGUUUGGAUCUACUUACAUGGAUAACCCUACAAUGGGCAACAUUAGACACGAACAUAAUGAGAUGCAGUAUCAAUAUGGGGCAAAUCAUGAGUUUAUGGACUUUUUGGACCAGAUUUUGAUUGAACCAGAGGGUGGUUCUUUUGAAGAUGUUGAUUGUAAGAACACUGGGCCUUAUCAGCCUUUUAUGACGGUGGAUCCUGAUAAAGCGACUGAAUGUACCAACAAUAGCAAUGGAUUAGCAUCCGAGAAUGACGACGAUCCUGGAAGAACUAUCAAAAUAAGAACUCGCCAACUUCAGAAGCUUCCUAGUUUUCCAUUCCAAGGAACUGCAUCCAGAAAACUUCCUUUGAAAUUAAGAUCCAUUGAACAGAACCGUCUGAGAAGUUUAAGUUUCAAAGAAGAAAUGCUUGAAGAAAAAUCUUGCAUGACUGAGGCAAGUCAUUCUCAAUAUGAAGACGCUGGCAUUGUUAUAAGAACUCGCCAAACACCAAACGUUGGUAGUCUCCCAUUCCAAGGAGAUGCAAACAGAAGAAUCCGUUUUCAGAGAAAACUAAAACUGGGGGCCAUUAACCAGGACUCUCCAACUGUUAUGGACACCAGUCAUAAAAGUCUUGAAGAGAAAUCUGAGGCACAAGCAAAUAGUGAGACUGUGAAUCAAGAUUCACAUUUGAAAGCAGAUAAUAGAAAGGAGCCAUCUUUUUUGAGUAGAGCCAAGAUGGCAUUAAGUUCGGUUCCAGUGGUGCUGGUCGUUACAGGCUUGUGUGCAGGUAUUCUUGCUAUGUGGAAAAGCACAAGGAUAUGAAGAAGUCGUGUAGGGGUUGUUACCUCCAGAUAGAAGAGACUAAAUUUUAGGCUCUUAAGUUUUAGAGACACUUUAAUUUAUAUCUACAUCUUUUGGUUCUAGACCCUGUUCCUGUGGGUAUGUUUAGGAACUAGUUAUGAAGUAGUAACUUGAAGUUUUUAUAUAAAUUUUCUUGUUCCUUCACA